ACAAGAUUAAAGCACAGUCGUGAGGAUGCUGAGAGGUGAUUCACGGUCGGAACGGAUACGCUAACAUUUACUCUAACAAUGGAAGAGCCACAAAAAGCGGAAAAAGGCCUCCCCUCACUCUGUGUCGGUUGUGGGCUUCAGAUCCGUGACCGGUUCGUGUUGAGUGUGUUUCCUGACCUGCGUUGGCACGUAGCAUGUCUGAAGUGUAUGGUGUGUCAGCAAAACCUGGAUGAGUCUCACACCUGCUUCAUUAAAGACGGAAAGACCCUGUGUAAAGAUGAUUAUAUCAGAUUAUACACCACCAAAUGUGCAAAAUGUCUAAAGUCCUUCAGCAGUUGUGAUUACGUCAUGCGUGCAGGAGUUAACGUCUAUCACGUGCAGUGUUUCCGGUGUAAGUGCUGCGAUCGGCAGCUGCUGCCCGGAGAUGAGUUUACCAUGCGAGACGGCUUCCUGCACUGCACUGGUCACGAAAACUCCAAUCACGGACUAAUAACACUUACACAUCACUCAGCACAUGUGACUGACCUGGACAGGUGUGAUGAAGGAGCAGACACUUCCCAGUCAAGCGGAGAAGGUGACUCUGGCUGGCCCGUUAAGCCCAUCAAGAAUGAGAAGACUGCACGUGUGAGGACGGCACUCAGCCAGUCUCAGCUGCACGUGCUGCGCACGUGCUACAACGCUAACCCACGACCAGACGCUACGGUGAAGGAACAGCUGAUGGAGCUGACGGGCUUGAGCUCGCGUGUCAUCCGCGUCUGGUUCCAGAACAAACGAUGCAAAGACAAGAAGAGGAGCAUGCUGGAGAGACAGAUGCAGCACGAGUGUAGAGAACAGAUCAAUAUGAUGGAUGAGCCACUGUUGGCUGUCACUCCUGAGAUCCUGGACUUAGACACACUAAUGCACCCACUGGACCUGCAGAGUCUUCAGCCAUCUUGGAAGCUCCUGACGAGUCUCUUGCAUUUAGACAGUGAUCACACACCUGAUCCGGAACCGGUGACUUUCAACCAGCUAGAUCAGCCCUAAUAUUCACUGCUAAGUAGUGAACACUACAGGAGAGUUAAGUGCAUACGAAGGAUGGAAAUGUGUAAUAGUAUUGUUCUUUGUGAUUUUCAGGAGUUUAUAUCAGACAGUAAUAUGAAGGUUUAUUCUACAGUAAUUUAAACCGUGUUAAAAUCCACCAAGCUGCAAAAAUACAAACUUGAUUGCAAUUUCAUCAUCAAAGGAGACGUGAACUACAUUUUUCUUGGGUUGAUAAAGACAUGCUGCGUGACCACUGACCCAGCUGACAGUUUUAAAAAUGAAAUGGACAGCCUCAACUAAUUUUUUCUUUGGGUUUUCUGUAACAAAGUCUCUAAAUGAAAUCAAGCUGAUGUGUGACAAAGUUUAUUAAAUGUGCUACACAAACUUAAAACCAUAUCUUAAAUAAUGAUGUUAAAAUGUCUUAAGAAAUACUGAGCAUUAUGUAUCUUAUGUAAAUGUCUUCAUGGGACAUACUGGACUUAAAAUUCCAGUCAGAUUUGCUUUGUACGUAUGUGCAUGCAGGAUUUUGAAAACUGCAUAUCAGUAAUAAAUUACCUAGUGCGUUCAUGGCACAGCUGAUUUACAUUUAGUGAUGCUUACAAACCUGCACAAAAGGCAGAACGAGAGAGCUGAAAAUGUCAAUGGUGAAAGCACCCCUUAAUCCCAACAUGCGCUAAAUAUUCCAGUAAUGCCAUUACUUUUGUCAUUAUUAAAUGAUUAGUUUUAUGUGUCUUAAUUUAAGGAAUUGAUUUGGACUGCUUUCUUUGUAAACCGAUUGAUUUUCACAGAAUUUCUUUUGAAAUAUUUGUGUGAAAUAAAUAAUUGAUUUAAACCCAUAUUUUAAAAAAAAAAUGCAUUAAGUAAUUUCUAAUUAAAUAAUUUGAUCCCAGUUAAUUAAGUUUCAUAUUAGCAAAUUAGACACUGUAUAUGUUUACACAAUUUAUACCAACUCAGAAGAUCACGUUCGCCUCACACCUCCAGGGUCCAGGGUUCAAUUCCCGCCGGGGCCAUGUGUGUGCGGAGUUUGCAUGUUCUCCCCAUGCUACGGGGGUUUCCUCCGGGUACUCCGGUUUCCUCCCCCAGUCCAAAGACAUGUAUGGUAGGCUGAUUGGUAUGUCUAAAGUGUCCGUAGUGUACGAAUGGGUGUGUGAGUGUGUAUGUGAUUGUGCCCUACGAUGGACUGGCACCCUGUCCAGGGUGUACCCCGCCUUGUGCUCUAUGCUCCCUGGGAUAGGCUCCAGGUUCCCCUGCGACCCUGAAAAGGAGUAAGCAGUUGAAGAUGGAUGGUUGGAUGGAUGAACUUGCGUAAAUUGCUCCUGUGAACUAUUUAGAUUUUUUUUUUCUCAUUAAAAGCACCACAGUAGAAAUACUAUCAAAUUUCUUUGUUACUUUUAUAUUUUUACAAAUUGAUGUUCAUGUUACUUCAGUUUUUUAUUACAUUUAUUUGUACUAGUCCCUAAAAAAUAAACGUCAUUUCUCUCUUAUUUCUCCCAACCCUUUGGUUCUAUCUGAAAUUAAUGUUAUUUACUGUCUUUUAUAUACUCAAUAGUUAUGUUUAUUCUUCUUUGUUAUGAAAACAUCGCUAUUUAUUAUCUAAUAAUGUAAUUAUUUUCUUACUUUGUUAAGUUUUCAACAGAAGUUGGUUGUGUUUAUGGCAAGUUCUAAACCCCACAUAAUGAUUGUAAUAAAUAUUUUCCAUAAUUCAUUAUGAAUUAUCCUCUCUAAUCACAUUCUUUAUCUGCUAUACAGUAUUUGCUUAUUUUGCUUUACUUUCCACCUCUACCCCAUACAUUCCUUCUGAGUUUUUUUCUACACUGUCCUUCAGUUUCUCUGUACUGUUAGAUCGACUCAGUCUAAACACAGAUAAAGCCACAGAGAUACAGGACUGCUUGUGGACAUGCACUAAUAUCACUAUGUAUAGAAAUGAUUCAUAUUAGCACUGGAUUUGUUUGAAGUAAAGGUGAAAGCAAAACCCACUUCCUUAUGCCGUCUCCUUGUGCAACCUACACAUCAAUUACAUUUAUUCAAAACCACUUACAAGCAAUGCAGCAUUCAGUACAGGCACCAAGCUUGGAGGUGAAGGACAUACUCAAGUGUAUCUACCAGGAUUUAUAUGGAGCAUGGAAGCUGAGAAAACUUAUCAGUUGAUUUUUAGUCUUAGAUUAUGUGAAGUCCCUGUUUAAGUUACUAUAGAAACAAUAAAGUAUUAGAAUGAGUGCAUUAAUAUAACCCUUUGAUCUGAGUUACAGCCAGAUCUACUGAAAAUUAAUCCACACCUUCUGAUCAGUCAGAAUCAAGAAUUGAUUGUAUAAGAUCACAAUAGUAAAUAUAAUCAUUUUAAUAAUGGUGGGUUGUGAUUUCCAUCACUGUAAAAAAAAAAAAAAAAAAAGAAAAGAAAAGAAAAUCUCACGGACCCCCUGACUAUACAUCACAGACUCCACUUCGAGAACCAGAAUAAGAAACUUGUAUAUAAAUCCACAGUGAAUUUUCUCUGUGUAUCUCAUCUUCCUCAUGUCUAUGUAAAACGUGUGCUGUAUUCUGUGUUCUGUAUGUCGCAGUGUGUGAAUACGGUCCAAUUACAGUUCGGCCCUUACCUACAAGCUUUUGUU